CGGGCUGGGGCGGUGAUGUCACCCCAAGGGGACUAUCUUCCAGCGGCAGGCCCUUCGAUAAAAUCAGGAACUUGUGCUGGCCCUUCAAUGUCAAGGGAGGGGGCUCACCCAGGGCUCCUGUAGCUCAGGGGGCAGGCCUGAGCCCUGCACCCGCCUGAGUCCGUCCAGCCCCAGACGGGGCUCCCCAUCUCAAGGGGCUCCGCACUGGCCCCCACCGAGGCAGGGGACCUGACCGGCUCGGAGCUCGGCUGGAUGUUACAGGCGUGCAAAAUGGAAGGGUUUCCCCUCGUCCCCCCUCAGCCAUCGGAAGACCUAGUUCCCUACGACACAGAUCUGUACCAACGACAAACGCACGAAUAUUACCCCUAUCUCAGCAGUGAUGGAGAAAGCCACAGUGUCCUGCCCUGCUCACUCCGGGACUCACCCCUUACUGCCUGGCCGCCCCCUGCAGACCAUUAUUGGGAUUUCCACCCGCACCACGUGCACAGCGAGUUUGAGAGCUUCGCCGAGAACCACUUCACGGAGCUGCAGAGCGUGCAGCCCCCGCAGCUGCAGCAGCUCUACCGUCACAUGGAGCUGGAGCAGAUGCAUGUGCUCGACACCCCCAUGGCUCCCACCCACGCCGGCCUCGGCCACCAGGUCCCCUACCUACCCCGUAUGUGCCUUCCAUACCCCUCCCUGUCCCCGGCCCAGCCCAGCUCGGAUGAGGAGGAGGGCGAGCGGCAAAGCCCCCCGCUGGAGGUAUCUGAUGGGGAGGCCGAAGGCCUGGAGCCAGGGCCUGGCCUCCUGCAUGGAGAAACAGGCAGCAAGAAGAAGAUCCGCCUGUACCAGUUCCUGCUCGACCUGCUGCGCAGCGGCGACAUGAAGGACAGCAUCUGGUGGGUGGACAAGGACAAGGGCACCUUCCAGUUCUCGUCCAAGCACAAAGAGGCGCUGGCACACCGCUGGGGCAUCCAGAAGGGCAACCGCAAGAAGAUGACCUACCAGAAGAUGGCUCGCGCCCUGCGCAACUACGGCAAGACGGGCGAGGUCAAGAAGGUCAAGAAGAAGCUCACCUACCAGUUCAGCGGGGAGGUGCUGGGCCGCGGGGGCCUGGCCGAGCGGCGCCACCCGCCCCACUGAGCCCUGGCCCGCACACCCGCUGGGCCCGCCAGGCCUCCCCGCUGGCCAUAGCAUUAACCCCUCACCCAGCCGGACACAGGGAGUGAAGCUCCCAGGGGCCAGGGUAGGACUGUGGCGGGCCAGGCCUCGCCUCGUUGCCCCUCCCCUCUCCUCCAAGCCCCCGACCCCCAUCCCUGCUUCGCCUCCCACCAGGACUCCAGCCCAGCCUCCAGAAGGCAGCUUGGCAUGUGACCCCAGGACAGGGUCAGCCUUGCUUAGUACAACCAGAGGGCUUCCUGGGGAGUUCGAACUCACCAUAUCUGUGUAAAUCGAACCUACCUUUUUAAGCAUCGCCCCCUUCCCACACCUACCCCCCAUUAGCUUCUCCAAAGAACAACAUCAUUAAAGUUAUUCUCUGUGCGUCCUUUUGCAGCACAGAGAAUCUCUUAAAAUUGUUUCUGCACCUUGUCUGGGCCUCCUGUGUGAUCUCUCUUUUUCUCAUUUGUCCAUCGGGCAUUUACUGAAGACCCUACCCAAUGUUUGGAUGCUGGGGACACGAGGACAAAUGACACACAGUGCCCGACCAGGAGUUAGACCUGGUGGAAAGAAGGAGUCUUCAGUUAUUAUUAGGGGAAUAAAUCAUUAAAAAGCCC